AUGACGGAGAAAACAUUAAUUGAAUAUUCGGAGCAAUUAAAAUCGUAUUUGAACAAAUACGAUAUAGAAAAUUUUGAUUAUUCACAAUUUCAAAAUAUCAAAACCAUCGGAAAGGGAGCAUAUGCAACUGUGUAUUCGGCUACUUUCAAAGAAAAAGUGUAUGCAUUAAAAAGCCUAGACAAUAAUCUGGGUUUAGACGAAAGAGAAUUUAACCAAUUACAACGUGAAGAACUUGAUAAAUUAUUGGUUGAACAGGCUAUUGAAUUUGUCACAAAUAACAUAAAUCAAAUAAUUACACAACCUGAAUUAUAUCCUAAUGAAGAUGAUGAUUUAAAUGAAUAUGAUUAUUGCAUUGAAUGUGAAAAUACAAUUGACAG